AUGGAAGAUGUGUAUGAAACAGCAUCAGAAUCUUCUAGCAAAAUUGUUAGAAAAGGAAAUUUAGUAGCUGAAAAGCGAUCUUCUUUAGCAAGAAAAAAUCCUGCAACAGUUCAGAGAUCCAAUUCUAAGCCUGUGUCAAAUCUUUACAUCAAGCCUUCAUCUUUUCCUAUCAAUACUCCUCUGCCAAAACCUAUCAGUAAGCCUUCGUCAAGACCCGUCAAUACACUUCUGCCUAAGUCUAUCAGUGUGCCUGCGACAGGUCGUAUCAAUACGCAGAGGUCAAAACCUCUGAAUGAACCCCUACUAUUACCAGAAGGAAAUUACCAAAAUUCAAGAAAUAAAUCAAAAGAAUUACGCUAUGUUAAAAGCCUUGUCGACAAGAGCUGUGAUGAAAUCUUGUUGACUGUUCAUAAAGAUGGAAGUAGAUUUUUAUCUCUCCUAAAUGAAAAUGUUGAUCGCGAUGUUCUAGCCUUGAUGCUGAUUACUUUGGAAAAAGCUGUAGCUCCUCGGUUACCCAAGCAUGUUAACAUAGUCAUAAAUAAUGUGACGAGUUCUGGGACUUUCUUUCAUGUAGUUACCAAGUACCUCGCAUCGUUUCAGAGAAGUCGUCCUCAAGAUAUUCACUGUGAUUCGCUGGUCAGCCUUGUGAAUUUCCUGACCAAAUUUCAAACGUGUUUACCAUCCUCUGCUUCAGAUUCAUUGACGGUCCUGUUUCCGUUAUUAAAGAAAACUUGCGAAUUUUAUCUAAGAGAAAGUAAGGAUUCCGAAAUAUUUCAAAAGUUGCAAGAAAUCGAUGUUAGAAAUAAUGCAUUUUUGAAAAAUUUCACUCCAUUUGAAGCUAAAAAAAUUUCCUUCAAAGAAAAAUUGCAGCUGGAAGAACCUCCGGAGAAUUUCCGUUCUAUUCCUAUUCUCCCGUGUGCCGAAGAUUUUCGUUGUACUUCUGCAUUCAUUCGUCCUAAUGUUGUUAGUGGACAAUAUCAAGACACUGAACAUUACUUAGAUGUGCAAUUUCGCUUGUUGCGAGAAGAUUAUGUCAAAUCACUUCUUCGGGAUGGUGUUGCAGAAUAUAAAGAGUUGAAAAAAGCUGGCAAACCAGUAAAAAAAUGCAACAACGUGCGUGCUUAUGAGAAUGUUUAUUUGACAACACAGCAGAUUGCUUUAAUUGGUCUUGUCUACAUUGCUGUUUUCCAAGUUCAAGAUUUUUCUCAUGUCGAAUGGGAAUCUAGCAAACGAUUUUUAUAUGGAUCGUUGCUUUGUAUAUCAGACGAUGACUUUGAAACUAUGCUUUUUGCCAUCGUGGCUGAACGGAAGAUAGAAGAAUUGAAAGAAGGAAAGUUAAUGGUAAAAUUCGAAGAUCUAUCAGAAGAAGUUUUAGAUAUAAAUCCUGAUCGAAAGUUUGUAGUUCUUGAAACUACAGCAUUUUUCGAAUCUUACCGUCAUAAUCUGAAAGCAUUGACGGAGUUAGACGAUGAAAAGAUGCCAAUGAAACGGUAUAUUGUUGAUGUAGAGACUAAUGUGCAUCAUCCUUGCUACUUGAAAGAUGACACUACUUAUGAUAUGCGACCACUGUUGAUACCUCUUGAUAAAGAAUAUGUGAAAAAAUCGAAUGAUUGCACUGAGUAUACUUAUCCUUCAGAUAUCGAAAACAGAGCGAAAAAUAUAUCUGUACUGAAUUAUAAUAGUUGGCCAACUGCGAGUGAAAUGGAUCUCGAUCCUUCUCAGUACAAUGCUUUGAAAACAGCUCUUACAAAUGAAUUUGCCAUCAUUCAAGGUCCACCAGGUACUGGGAAAACUUAUAUUGGAUUAAGAAUCGUACAAUUAUUGCUCCACAAUAAGAAUAUUUGGAAAUCUGAUGACCUUCAUUCUCCUAUAUUGAUUGUAUGUUUUUCAAAUCAUGCUCUUGAUCAGUUCUUAGAAGGUUUAACAGUUUUUACAGAAAAUAUUGUUCGCAUUGGAGAAAGAGGAAAAAAUGAAAAUCUAGAAAAAUUUAAACUCAGUAAUUUGCGAAAACAAUUAGAGGAUGAAAAAAAUGUUCCGACGCACAUAUUUUGUAACAUAGGAGAGAAAUUAGGCGUGUUAAAUAAUAUUAGACAGGAAAUAGAGACCACAAAUAAACUCAUUAAAGCAUCGCAAAAUAGAGCUUUAAACGUUUCAGAGCUAGAAAGCUGCAUACCCACAGCACAUUUUCUUUCUCUUAGAGAAAAAAGGGAUGAAGCAUCAUAUAAUUCCAUCUAUAAUUGGCUAGGGAUCUGUAUGAGUGAAAUUGACGAUUUUGUCUUUCGCAUCAGUGCAGAGCUUCUUUCAAAAAGCGAUCUUUUAGUAGAUGCAAGUGGAAAAAGAAUUGUGAAUUUGAGGCAAAGAAAUGAGCAAAAUAGAUAUCAGAAAUUGAAGGAUUCUGUAUGUUUUGCUGGUGAAAUCUCAAAAUACAUAUCAGUUGUUUUAAAUCAUACGUUUUCCUUGAAUUCGACAGAAGUGAGAAAUAUUCGAAAUGUAUGGGAAAUUAACAUUCAGUUCAGAUGGAGACUUUAUAAAUACUGGGUACAAUGCUUGGUUAUGAAAACAGAAGGUAAAUAUUUAGAAAUGAAAGAAGAAUUACGAUAUGUCUCUAACUACAAUGAACGACGGGCGUUAUUGGAUCAAAUGAGGGUGUUGAAGCAAUCGAUAAAUUAUGCUUUGUCUUCUGUACUAAAUGAAUAUGAUUUAAAGGAGUACAUUAACAGUAAGCACUUCAAAUCAUUGCGUAGAUAUUCUUCGAGAGAUCAAGUUUUUAUGUACCAUUGGUUAGAGUUAAAAGUGAAAAACGGAAAUAAUAUUAAAGAUCGUAUUGAAAUUAUUCAAAAACUACAUUCUAUGUUUACGCUUUUAAGAGACAAUUGCAAAGAAACUGCUAACGUUGCCAAUCAGAAUAAUAUAAAUGAUUUUGCAGACGUCGAAUACCUGGAUGCGCAGCGAGAUUUUGAUUCGGAUGAUAUUGCAGGAGCUUCAUACGAUGUUGCAUUGGACGUUACACUAGACAACUGUGAUUCCAUUAAUUUUCUUGAUGACUGGCAGGUUCAAGGAGGCCAAAGUGCUGUGAAUAAAUUAUUCAGGGAAAAAUUUUGUAAUUCAGCCGUGAUGUCAAAAAAUGAGUUUAAAAAUGUCACUAAUGUCUGGAAAUUAACCAUAGAAGACAGGUGGAAACUCUACAAAUAUUGGGUGCAAAGGUUUAUUGAGCUUAAAAAGCGGAAAAAGUACAAUCUUCUUGAAAAUCUCCGCGAAAAGCACGUCGAACUUCUCGAGUUACGGUCUUUGAAAGAUGUUCACGUUGCUAGUAAAGCUGAUGUUAUUGGUAUGACCACAACUGGGACUGCUAAGUACCGAUACAUUAUUGAGUCCUUGAAACCAUCAAUAGUUGUUGUAGAAGAAGCUGCAGAAGUACUAGAGUGCCACGUGGUAACCUCUUUGAGUCCUGAGACAAAACACGUCAUAUUAAUAGGAGAUCAUUUGCAGUUGAGGCCCAAUCCUAAUAUUCAUAUGUUAUCUGUAAAAUACGAUUUGAAUGUUUCUCUUUUUGAAAGACUGGUCAAAAAUGGUUUGGAAUUUGUCCAAUUGCUCAUUCAGCAUAGAAUGAGACCUGAAAUAGCGGGAUUGCUAGUUCCACACUUCUACAAAACUUUAGAAAAUCAUGAGUCCGUUAGUUUGUAUGAGGAUGUCAGAGGAGUGAAUAAAAAUGUAUUUUUUAUUUCACAUAGUUUUGAUGAACUUCAAGAUGGCGAUAAUCAAAGUAAGUCCAAUCAGCAUGAAGCGAAAUAUUUGAUUUCUCUAUGCGAGUAUUUCAUUAAGCAAAAUUACGAACCUUCUCAAAUCACUAUACUGNAAUAA